AUGUCGGAGACACGGCAAUACGCAAUAGACGCCGCUCAUGAGACGACCCAAUUCGGAUCUAAGCGCUUCCAUGACAAGAUCGAUCAACAAAAACAUGAGACACAUCAAAAUGAAUCCCAUCAUGAUGCGGGUCCUUCGAGCUCCGACUCUAGGUUCAUCUUACCUCUCCGGGAGGCCAAAGUUACCGAUGUCGAAGUCAAACCAAACGAUGACAAGAAGAGCGGAGGCUUCUAUGGACCCAGACACAAGGUCUCACAGCUUCAAUCAGGGCCGGUACAACGCUUCCGGCAUGCGGAGCCUAUUCCUGGUAUCAUGGUAUACCCUCCUAUCAUGAUAUCUGAGGAUAUCGACCCCAAACAUGCAAACGACAAUAGUGGCGGCCACAACGAGCCCUGUGUCGAUACACCACCAGAAUCAGACAUCGAGGAUAGCGACAUUUCCUCCGUCAGUGAUGAUAGUGUCGACCCUGAGAUACGAGAGAGCAAGGCUGAGACAUCGUUCGUUUCCGUUGAAUUCACCGUUGAGGAAGUCGACCCGCUAGAUGACUCUUGGAACGCCCUGGAAGUUGUCCAUCCCUAUACCAUAGAGUAUCCUAGAAGCCGCACCAAUUCCUUUCACAAGGACUUAGAUAAGGCGCUCAGACAGCGCAGCGGUGUAGCUCUCCUUACCGAACUACUCUUCAACCACAAAGAAUUGAGUCCACUAUACAAACUAGCAAUUUCUCGAGUUGAGGUCGGAAAGCUGAGAACGCAUCUCUAUGGCUUCUUUCGAAUAUACGGCAAAGAGCUACUCCGAGAGGCAGGUGAUGAGAAGGAGAGGUUGACUGCACAGUUCAUCCGUAGAUGCGCCAGGCUUCUCGCAAACGCCAUUUGCCAAAGUCUUCAAUCAGAGAGCGGGGAAGAAGACUGGUCAUCUUUACCGUCCAUCGAUCGUGUUUCCAUGGAGCAGAACGUGAAUGAAUGGAUUAACGCGUCUUUGACAAGCGUGGAAGGUCUGAUCCCGCAGAUAACCGAAGGGUAUGAUAAAGGAAUAGGUGACUCUUCGAGAGCUGAAGCGGCCUCCUCUGAGUCGAGUAACGAGGACUACGAGGUCGUCUAUGAAGAGGCUGAAGACUAUUUGUUACUAAAUGAAGUGGAGCAUUUCAUCUUGUCCGCGGAUGCCUUUUCAAAUCUCCGACUUGCACUUAGGUCCUGGUUGAAUCUGGACGACGGCAACCCAGCAGAUCCGAAUCCCAAAGCGAAUGAAGACGAGGCGCCUCUGGUGAACGAUCCCAGAGCUGCUUCUUCGAAACAACAUAGUCAUAAGCUUUUGGCUCUUCAAUCUAUGAUUUGGAGAGCGGGAAUGGCAAUCUUGCACAACGUACAAAAUGUCUUUGUUCUCACUGGGUUCCGAGAGCCUGAACUAGCCGACGGAUACCAACGCGUGCGUUGGAAAAAUAAGAACAAAGGGAAUACGCUUUUUGAAGACUAUGUAGAAAAUGAACCAGGAGCAUUGCGGGCGCUUGAGGCGUAUCUGAACACCUGUGCCUAUCUAAAGAAUAACGCUGGGUCUACAUCAAACAGUUCUUCUUCAAACUCACACAGCACUCACAAUACUCAGAGCUCGACUUCAGGCUCCAUUAGCUCUAAUACACUUCCAACAAAUGCCUCUUGUCACAGUGGUCAAGGCAUGGGCCCCGAUGAGACUAUAAGAGCAUUCGAAAGGGACAUCGAAAUGACGGCCUCUCCUUCUGGAUCACUCCACCUGUUUACUUGCAUUGAACGAGGAUUCCACAAGUUAGAUUUUAAUCAGAAGAUCAUUACAAAUAUUCCAAAUGAUCAGACAUUGUUUGAAUCCUUACGAGAGGAGCAUUAUUGCGGAUACCGGGGAAGUUGGAGAAGGAUUGUUUCACUCCGGGCCAUUCAAAGCGUUCACUUCAUGAAGUUUCUAUAUGGGGGCCCUGGUUAUAUCGAUCCACGAUGCCAUGAAGAAGUGUGUGAAAAGGGCAGGCCAUGUGACUGUAUCCCACCAACCCGGCUCGUCUGCCCGACCGGAACAGAAUAUAAAUGCAGCCCGGUCCCCGCGAGACUGUCCCCUCCUGUUGGGUCACGACUCAUGAUGGACUUCUUCACUGAUCCGGCCGGCAUUUCCAAGAAUUCCACUUUUGUCUUGCAGCAGCUUCCUAAAAGGACUCGUGGCGAGCUACGGAAGGAACACGGGGAGCUGGUCGAAGCUUGGGGAAUUUACUUCAAGCAAGGCUGGAAUUGGUCUAGGAUAUGGUGGGUUCUUGGAUUGGCUUUCUUCCCGCCAAGCUUACUGUUUGGUAUUCUGUGGAGUGUUUUGAGACAGGAUAUUCAGGGUGCGUUUGGAGUUGCUAGCUGGUGGCUGACUUCGGCCACAAUUCUCAUAGGGAUCUUGGGCACACAAGUGUGA